GGAGGGGAAGCGAAGCACGACGGGCGGGGAGGGGCGGCCCUGGCGGGGUGCCCCGGCCGGUGGGCGGUGCCGGGCGGUGAGAGGCAGGGGGUGCUUCGCCCGCCCGCCCCGGCCCCCCUCCCCGGGUGUAUAUAGCGGCGGCGCGGGGAAGCUCCUCCGGCCGGCAAGAUGGCGGCCGCCGUCUGCGAGAAGUCCCUGCUGCCGCCGAAGCUGCCGCAGCUGCUGGAGCGGGACCCUUACCUGGCCCCCUUCGAGACGGACUUCCAGCGCAGAUAUUUUCUGUUUUAUAAUCACUUGAAGAACAUUGAGGAAAAUGAAGGUGGCCUUGAUAAGUUUUCCAAGAGUUACAAAACCUUUGGAGUUAACCAACUGGCAGAUGGUGGAAUAUAUUGCAAAGAGUGGGCACCGGGAGCAGAAGCAGUGUUUCUCGCAGGUGACUUCAAUGGCUGGAAUCCAUUUUCUCAUCCGUAUAAGAAGAUGGAAUAUGGGAAGUGGGAGUUAAUCAUUCCACCUGGACAAGAUGGUUGUCCUCUUGUGCCCCAUGGAUCAAGGCUAAAGGUGGUGAUUCGCGCUCAAAAUGGUGAUCUCCUUUAUCGUAUUUCACCUUGGGCAAGAUACGUAGUGCGUGAUGAAGACAAAGUGAAUUACGAUUGGGUGCACUGGAAUCCACCACAGUCAUAUAUACAUAAGCAUCCUUCCCCCAAGAGAUUAAAAAGCCUAAGAAUCUAUGAAUCUCAUGUGGGGAUUGCUUCCCCAGAAGGGAAAGUAGCUUCUUAUAAAAAUUUCACAUACAAUGUACUACCUAGGAUAAAGGAUCUUGGAUAUAACUGUGUCCAGCUGAUGGCUAUUAUGGAACAUGCAUACUAUGCCAGUUUUGGUUAUCAGGUCACAAGCUUCUUCGCAGCAUCAAGCCGUUAUGGAACUCCAGAUGACCUGAAAGAAAUGAUCGAUGUUGCUCACUCAAUGGGCAUCACUGUUCUGCUCGAUGUCGUGCACAGUCAUGCAUCCAAAAACUCUGAAGACGGUCUCAACAAAUUUGAUGGUACGGAUUCUUGUUUCUUCCAUUCCGGUCCUAAAGGAACUCACCAGCUCUGGGACAGCAGGCUCUUUGACUAUGCAAACUGGGAAGUUUUGAGAUUCCUUCUAUCUAAUUUGAGAAUGUGGAUUGAAGACUAUCGCUUUGAUGGAUUCCGGUUUGAUGGUGUUACAUCUAUGUUGUAUCACCAUCAUGGGAUUGGCACAGGAUUCAGUGGAGAUUACAAUGAAUAUUUUGGCCUACAUGUGGAUGAAGAUGCUUUGUGUUACCUAAUGCUGGCCAACCACAUGAUUAAAUUCUUGCAUCCAGAAUGCAUAACCAUAGCAGAGGAUGUUUCUGGAAUGCCAGCUCUUUGUCGUCCUGUUGCAGAGGGAGGAGGGGGUUUUGAUUAUCGACUAGCCAUGGCUAUUCCAGAUAAGUGGAUACAGAUAAUUAAGGAGCUGAAAGAUGAAGACUGGAAUAUGGGCAAUAUUGUGCAUACAUUAACAAACAGACGGUAUGAAGAAAAAUACAUUGCAUAUGCAGAGAGUCACGACCAGGCACUCGUUGGUGAUAAGACAUUGGCGUUUCGACUGAUGGAUGCAGAGAUGUAUACAAACAUGAGUGUGCUCUCACCCCUUACUGCAGUUAUUGAUCGUGGAAUACAGCUUCAUAAAAUGAUUCGUCUCAUUACUCAUGCACUUGGAGGAGAGAGCUAUCUGAACUUCAUGGGUAAUGAAUUUGGACAUCCAGAAUGGCUUGACUUCCCCAGAAUAGGGAACAAUGAGAGCUACCACUAUGCCAGAAGACAGUUUAAUCUUACUGAGGAUCAUCUUCUUCGCUAUAGAUUCCUAAAUGCAUUUGAUAGAGAUAUGAAUAAAUUGGAGGAAAGGUUUGGAUGGCUUGCAUCUCCCCCGGCCUAUGUGAGUGAAAAACAUGAAGCCAACAAAGUCAUAGCAUUUGAGAGAGCUGGUCUCCUAUUUGUUUUCAACUUCCAUCCCUAUCAAAGUUACGUGGACUACAGAGUGGGUAUUGCAGAUCCAGGAAAGUAUAAAAUCCUUCUGGAUUCUGAUGAUGGAGAAUAUGGAGGGCAUCAAAGGCUGGACCACAGUACAGAGUACUUCUCUGAAGAAUAUCCUCAUAAUUAUCGACCUAAUUCACUUAUGGUGUACAUUCCAAGCAGAGUGGCUAUCGUGCUUCAGAAUGUGGAUGUCCCAAAAGGAAGCUCUCUGUAACUGUCACUGAAGAAGCAAGUCUUAGAAGAAGUGCUGAUAUCCUGGGCUUGCACUAAGCAUAACAAAACUUUC